CAGCUAAGGACAGAAAAAGAGGAAACGGCAAAGAAAAAAUUGAUUUAUGCAGGAAGUCACUCUGAGAAAUAACCUCACAGCAAAGAAUUGGGGACUGUUCACCUUAAGAUGUAUAAACUUUGGCUUUUAUUCACAUUUACAGGGAUAUGUGCUGCUCAAAAGGACAUCUCCUUGUCAGUGUUCACCGUGACGUCAAAGAGUAUGACGGUGCAAUGGAGCGGCCACACCGGUGCCAGCUCUUACAAGAUCACAGCAACUCCCAAGAACUCUCCGGAGCAGCCCGUCUUUGCUCAGUUUAGCGGCAACACAGUGAUGGGCUCCGUUAACUCCCUGACACCAAACACGGUCUACACCAUGCAGUUAGAGGCCAUGGACAAUGCCCUCAAUGUCCUCAGCAGUGCAGAGACGGAGGAGACAACAGCCCCUGAUGUGCCCAGCAUUCUGCAGACCUACUCCAAACUCAGCGACAGCAUCACCGUCGAGUUCGCAGAGGUCCCGGGGGCGACCGGCUACAUCCUGAGGGCAGAGUCAAAAACAGGGAACUUCUUCUCCGAGACCAAUGUGACCUCAUCCCCAAGCACUGUGGUGCAGCUCCAGCCAUAUACAGAUUACAUUUUGAGUGUCAUGUCCGUCAACUCCGGGGGAAGGAGUCAACCUUCAUAUCCCACUGAGGCCAGAACAGUUGUCAUGGCGCCUAAACUGAACACAUCCUCGCCCACCAAUGAGACCAUUCUUGCUGUCUGGGCUCCAGUGGAGCAUGCUGUACUUUAUACGUUGGUCAUCAUCCGAGAAGGCUCCUACGUCCGCAACAAACUGAACACCACCAACACUGAGGUCACUUUCGACAACCUUCAGUCGGGAACCUCCUACUGUAUCAAGAGCAUGGCUUGGGAUGCUGAGGGUCGUAUCGGUGACGACAAGACUGUCUGCCAGAUCACACGCCCUUCAAGUCCAGAUGUGAUUGACAUCCAGGUGACUCAGGGACGUGCUCCGGGGAUUGCGAUCUAUUGGGUGUCAGUACAGGGGGCUAAAAACUACACAGCCUGGACCACUUCGGGCCAAAACUGUUCUACAGGAAACACCAACUGUUACAUCCUGCUUGCAGAGUGUGGGCAGAACCGUUCUGUCUAUGUCACAGCCUCCAACGAAGCUGGAAUCAGCAGUCCCUCGCAAUCAGUCAACUACAUUACAUACCCAUGCCCCCCUGAGAACAUUUGGGUGGAGGAGCCCACAGCAGGUGACUGCUAUGUCAUGUGGGAGGAGGUGCCGUUGGUGGAAUUCUACGUGACCUUCAUUAAGAGAGAUGAUGGGACCGAGAAUUUAUGCAACACUACGGACACCACCUGCCAGUUCUCCUGCAUGUGCGGCUACACCUACCUGACCAGCGUGUUCCCCUACAACAAAGCAGGCCCCAGCCUUUUAGCGCACGUUCGUAACUACACCACAAUACCCUGCUGCCCUCAGGAUGUGCUGGUGCAGCUGGUUUCCACGGAGACCCUGGAGAUCACGUGGUCACCUGUCAAAGGGGCGGAGCUGUAUGAGACCACAGCAGCAGAGACUAGUGAUAUUAUCCACUGUAACGACACGUCACCGGUGUGCGCGCUCUCAGAUCUGAGAUGCAACACUGCUUAUUCAGUGACUGUGACCCCGUGCAGUGAGUUACGAGGAUGUAACAGUACCUGUGCCCCAAACGUGCACGAGACAGCUCCCUGCUCUCCGGAGAUUCUGAACAUGACACAAACUGGCAACUCCACAUACAGAGUCCUCUACACCACCCCAAACUUCCCCAAUACAAGCUAUACUAUCACCGCCACUGGGCGCUACAACAGAGGGUCAUGCCAGUCAAAGAAUAACUCCUGUGAGCUCACACAGCUGCCCUGUGGCACAACCUAUGAGGUCACAGCUGUGGCCACCUCAGCAGCUGGGGGAAGUCUGCCUGGGUUUAGCAAAACUCUGGAAACAGGUCCCUGCUGUCCAGACUCUGUGAAUGUGAGUCAGGUCACGCAGGCAAUGACCAAUGUCACCUGGUCACCUGGCGGUGGAGCUCGCUCCUACGUCACCACACUGACCUCCCAACGUGGGCACGCAAAAUGCCACACUCUGGACACACACUGCCUGAUGGGAUGCAUCACCUGUGGCACCAACUACAGUGUCUACCUGGAAGCCAUCAGCAGCACAGGGCACACAUCACAGUGCAACUAUCGUGGUUUUUCUUCCAGUGCAUGCUGUCCAACAGGUGUCAAACUCUAUCGCCGGACUAACUAUUCACUCAGGGUUUACUGGCGAUCUGUGGGUCUGCAGAGCCAAAACCACACAGUGGAGCUGUACGGGACCGGAGCCAACUACACCUGCAUCGCCGCUGCAGGGAACACCUACUGUGAUAUCCAGGAGGAAACAUGUGGGGAUGUCUACACGGUUGUUGUAGCACCAGUGGGGCAGUCAGGGCUCAAAGUUACCUUCUGUCAGCCCAGAACAUACUCAGUUCCCUGUCCAGGAAGCAACGCAGGCAUGGUGAUUUCUCGCCAAAGACGAAGCGUGAAAUAAUACUGGGACUCCAGACCAGCCCAUUGAUGAGGACCAAGGAUUUGCCAUGCUUAAUUCUCAACAAAUGAUCUAGAAAUCUCCCUAUUGUCCAACAUAAGAAGAAUCAAUAAAUAGGAAAAGGAAUAAAUCCAAGCCAUACAAUACAGAGCAGUGAUUGGAAGCCAUGUCUGGUCUGACAGCAGAAUUACAUCAAUAGAUGGCUCUGGGUUGUAAUAAAAUUAUUCCACUCACUUCAGUUUGUUCAUGAAAUGCCAAUUCAUAGCUGAUCUUAUCUUGAGGCUCUACAAUACAGGAAACAUCCAAUUAAAAUAAACAACUGAGGAUGUCAUGACAUAAAUAAUGUUUUAAAAUGAUCUAAUUAAACCCUGAUCAAUCCUGUAAGACAAAUAAUUGUAACUCUAUUUUAUGGGUAAUGUGACGGAUAGAUCACAUCAAACCUCAAGUACUGAGAACCUUUUCUAAAAAAUAGGAAGAUCUAGAGUUUUAAUUUUUUUUAUAUUAAAUGACAGAAAUGAACAUUUAAGUUUAAAACUGUAAGGAGCAAAAGAUUUUCAAUAAUCUAAAUAAAAACGUACAACCUCCUCAGUCAUAGGUACUGGUAGUCACCCUGCAAUUGAGAGGAUCAUUCUGAAAGUGAAAUAACAGGUUUCCACCUCGCCUGCCUUGAGUCAUGAACCACAGAUCGUGUGGAUGAUGCAUCUGAUCCUGUGACUGGAAUAAUUGUCAACCUUUUACUGGACAUGCGAACUCUCACUUACUGAUGAGAACAAUAAAACAAUGUUUUGGCAUCCAAA